AUGAAUCAUAACAUUGCACCUUUUGUGAUCGGAGAUACUUCAUCGGUGGGAAGGAGAUGGCAGGCAUGGAAGCGAUCGUUCGAGCUUUAUUUAGACUGCAACGCUGCAGCGACUGCUGGAAAGAAGAAAGCUUUGCUUCUGCACCUAGCGGGUCUUGAGGUGCAAGAGGUAUAUUACGAUGACCCAAAUCGUGAUGCCGCUGUUCCUGAAGGAAGCGAUGUUUAUAAACAAACAGUCGCGUUGUUGGACCAACAUUUUGAACCGAUUGUAUGUAUUCCGCAUGAGCGGGCAAUGUUUAGAAAAAUGACUCAAAAAGAAGGUGAAAGUGUUACUCAUUUCGCGAGGCGGUUGCGACACCAAGCUAAUUUGUGUGAAUAUGGUGACGCGUUGAAUAUGCGCAUAACAGAACAAAUCUUCGAUGGAAGUUGCUCAAAUACGCUGCGUGAAGCAAUUUUGAAAAAGCGGCUUGUUGAUUUAGCAAACAUAAUCGAAGAAGGGAGAGUGCUUGAAACGAUCAACUCGAACCAACAGGAGGCCGUUGGCGAAGAUUCUGCUAGUGUAAACAAAGUGAGAAGUGAAAUGAAAAGUGCUGCUCAUCGUUGUUUCCGUUGUGGGUCGUCGGGACAUUAUGCGAAUGACAAGAAAUGUCCAGCCCGUAAGAAGACAUGCGACAAGUGCGGGUUGAUUGGACAUUUUAAAAAGUUGUGCAAAACGAAGAAACCGGCCGUGGAUAAAAAGAAGAAAGUGCGUCAAGUAGCGGAUUCUGAAGAGGAGUCACAUUCUGAGUGCGAAGAUUAUGUAAGCGAUAAUGAGAGUGACGCGAGUGAUAUCUACCACAUAUUUUCGACCGCGACGCGCGAAAGAAAAAAAUUCAGCAGUGGAAGCGACGACAAAUACAACACCAAAGUUAAGUGCCUAGUAGGUGGUGUUCCACUACAGUGGACGGUGGAUUCAGGGGCAUCGGUUAAUUUGAUCGACGAGUACACGUGGAAUAAGCUAAAACAAAAUGGAUGUAAAGUAAGUUUUGAAACGAACGAAACACGGAAAAAACUGGUAGCAUACGGUAAUCAUAAGCUACACGUGAAAGGCAUGUUUAAAGCGGAUAUAAAACACGGAUCUUUAACCGUGCACAGUGAAAUCUUCGUAGUUAAUGGCCAAGGCGCAAGCUUGCUGGGAAAAACGUCUUCAAUUGACCUUGGAGUGCUGAAAAUCAAUUGCGACGUGUUGAAGAUUACGGAAGAAAAAUCAGUGAAAAUUGGAAAAGCAAAGGAUUUGUUGGUGACAAUCAACAUCGAUCGGAAAAUAUACCCGGUACAGCAACCAUGUCGACGAUUGCCAAUACCGUUACAAAAGACUGUGGAUGAAGAAAUCCAGAAACUUCUUGAGCAAGGUAUUAUCGAACCAGUUACAGGUAAGAUCACCUGGGCAUCCCCUUUGGUUGUGACACCUAAAGAUGGUGGACGCAGAGUACGGUUAUGCGUGGACAUGCGCAGAGCGAAUGCUGCUAUCAUUCCCCAGCGCCAUCCAUUACCUACUUUCGAAGAGCUGAUGCCGUAUUUGGAUGGCUGUAAAUAUUUCUCGAAGAUAGAUUUAAACCAAGCAUUUCAUCAGUUGGAACUCGAUCCGGAGUCACGAGAAAUCACUACGUUUGUUACUACGAAGGGGUACUAUCGUUUCAAAAGAUUAAUGUUUGGAAUGAAUUGUGCCGCUGAAAUUUUCCAACGAGAGCUUGAGAGAAUCCUUAAAGGUUUGGAUGGAGUAGUGCACUUUAUCGAUGACAUUUUAGUAUUCGGACGUUCAAAGGCUGAGCACGAUAGACGAGUAGCUGCGGUCAUGAAGCGACUAAUAAGCUGUGGACUAACCAUUAACGAAGACAAAUGUCAGUGGGGACGGAAGAGCGUUACAUUCUUGGGUCACGAGCUAUCACAAGAUGGUAUAUUACCCACUGAGCAGAAAUGGACUGACGAAGCAAACAAAUCAUUCGUUAAAAUUAAGGACGCUCUUUCCAAUCCGCAACAUCUGGGAUUCUACAACGCGGAAAGCGAUACUACGCUAGUCGUCGAUGCAAGCGCGACAGGUCUGGGGGCGGUUCUACUGCAGAGUGAUGAAGGUAAACGGCAGGUAAUCAGCUACGCUAGUAGGAGUUUGUCUAAAACUGAACAGAAAUACUCGGUGUUAGAUAAAGAAGCAAUGGCAAUUUACUGGGGAAUAGGCCGUUUUGAGACGUAUCUGAGAGGGAAAGACUUUACAGUGGUCACAGAUCAUAAACCGUUGGUCAAAAUAUUUUCUGUCGACUCCGCUCCCAACGCCCGUCAGCAAAGAUGGGUGCUUCAACUACAAGGAUAUCGAUAUAAACUAGUGUAUGCUCCUGGAAAAACUAAUAUAGCCGAUCCGUUGUCGCGAUUAGCGCAAUGUAGUGCAUAUCGUAGCAGUGAUCGUGAUUGUGAAAGCGAUCUAUGUGCUACUAUUGAAUGCGCUUUACCGACAACGAUGUCGAUGACGGAAGUCAUCCAAGGGUCAGAAGAUGAUGAAGAGUUCCGGAAAAUACGUGAUGCAAUCAACUCAGGAAAAUGGAGCAGUGAACUGAAGCGAUAUCUGCCAUUUCAAAACGAACUAUGCUGUAUGAAUCAAAUUAUUUUGCGAUUGAAUAAAAUAGUGAUUCCGGAACGACUUCGUGCAAAAGUUUUGGAUCUUGCUCAUAGCGGGCACCCAGGCAGUAAUAAAAUGAAACGUCGAUUGCGAGCAUCCGUGUGGUGGCCAGGAAUAGACAAGGACGUGGAGAAAAGGUGCAAAAUGUGUAGAGAAUGCCAAGCAGUUGGAAGGAGUCCUAAUCCAGAGCCACUUCAAAUUCGAGCUAUGCCAGCGAAGCCUUGGAGUCAUCUGAGCGGGGAUUUCCUCGGGCCGCUUCCUAACGGCAAAUUUCUUUUUGUUCUAGUAGACUACUAUAGCCGGUAUUGUGUUGUGGAGAUAAUGUCUACCACAACAUCUGCGAUGAUAAUACAGCGACUGGAGCGCAUUUUUACUCGGCUUGGACUGCCAGACGUGUUGACUACAGACAACGCAGCUAAUUUCUGCAGUCAAGAGUUCAGGGAUUUCUGCGUAGAUAACGGAAUCAAACUUGCUCACACCACACCGUAUUGGCCAGCCGCAAAUGGUGAAGUGGAGCGGCAAAACCGGUCGAUCCUGAAAGCGCUAAGAAUUGGACAGAUGAAAGGAGAAAUUUUGGAACGUAGUCUACAAGAAUACCUGUACAUGUACACGGUCACACCUCAUUCUGUGACAGGCGUAUCACCAGCCGAGUUAAUGUUCGGCAGAAGGUUCAGAGACAAGUUUCCACAAGUGAGCGAUAACUCAAUAUUAAGGGAUGAGAUCAGGGACCGAGACCUGAUUCACAAGUAUCACGCAAAAAUGUAUCGGGACAAAAGGGUCAAUGCACUGGAAUCAAAUAUCGGUAUCGGAGAUCAGGUUCUUAUGAAAAACCAACAUAGAGUGAACAAGCUAGCUCCGAACUUUCAUGCAAAACCGGCAGUGGUGAUCGGUAGAAAUGGGAGCAGCGUAACAAUUCAAACUGAGGAAGGAGAGAUAUUCCGCAGAAAUUCAUCGCACUUGAAGAGGAUCCACCAAGACUCGAGUAAUCCGCAGAGUGGGCAGAGAAAUUCUACAGGUAUACAGGACGCUACAAGUACGACUGAUUUAACAUCCAUUAUUGAAGGAAGAACUCAAUUACAAGGAGUAGAUGAAGUGAACCGUAAGCAAACCGAACCCUCUCCUACUCGUAUGACAGAAACUGCGGGGGUUUCAAUACGUCCUAGGCGUCAAUCUAAAGUGCCUGUAAAAUACCAAGACUACGAUAUGUAG